CACUGUUACAGCCUUAGGUAUCCUUUUUAUUCACCGCCACCACACUCCCUUCAACAACAUCAUGUUUUCGGUCACGAACGGAUUGGCUUUAAUGGUAUGCAUCGCGGCCACCUGCUACAUUUACUGCAAUUACUUCAGUGAAAAUGGCCAGAGUCGUGAACAGUCCUCUAGGUUCAAGCAAAUGGCCGUGGCAAAGAACUUUUCGGCUCAUGUCUGCGAUAACCUUACAAUAUUCGCCGAUCUCAAGGGAUGCAAUUCAUUACUCAACUUCAGGUUCAACAACCAAAUCGGCUUAAGUUCUCCCACAUCACGACUUCAGGCACGAUCAAAAGCGAACGCACGACUCUACCUUGCUUUUGGAAUCGACAAUGCUUUCACCACUACCGACAGCGGUUGGCACAAGCAAUUUCGCACAGAGGCAGAGUCUCUUCUAAACACUCCUACAGGCAAAUGGAAGAGCAUAGCGGAGACAGCAAUUAAGACUACCCGCCGAAGGUUGGAUCAGUCAGAAUAUCCUCAGAACCUCGCAUGCAUUGUCCAAAUCAUAACGAUGAAGAUGGCCCUUCAAGUCUUCCUACAGGUUGACCUUUCCACAACAACAGAUGAGCAAGUUGAGCUUUUAGCUUCUGAGGUUAACCGCAUCUGGAUCGCAUCGAAAGAUGCCAGUAGCUUGGAAGAAUGGCGACACCAAGAUCAAAUCCACGCCGUGCUCAAUAACAUUGUUCCCGACAAGGAUCCUCUGGUACCGCGAGAGAACCCCAUGAACUUGAUUCUUCCUUCGUAUGAGACCAUGUGGCGGGCAGUCUUGUGCUGCAUUCUCGAGCUUCAUUUCCGGCCUCAUGCGACAAAGCUUUACUGGCAAAGCACGCUCCAGAAGUUCGUCCACAGUCCGACCACAAUUCAACUUAAGCGUGAUUAUCCUGAUGGAUCUGCCGCAAUGAUUUCAAAAGAAGCCCUUCGCCUUUAUCCUCCAACAAGGCGGAUUUACAGAGAGCUUCAAGACGACAGUUCCGGCGAGAGCCAAAAGCUCGCUGCAGACAUUGAGGCUCUGCACCGCGACAGCAAAGAGUGGCCAGGCGAAGGGGAAGCUAACGCGUCCAAAUUCUGGCCGCCGCGCUGGUACGGCCAUAAUGGCCGCAAUACUACUUUUCUCUCUUUCGGUGGAGGGCCAUUUCUUUGUCCAGCACGACAAGACUUUGGUCCAAGGAUGUUGGCGCUGCUCGUUGGCGCUUUCUCUACUGUUGUCCGGGACGAAUGGAGAGUGAAGGGCGAUCAUUCGUCGAAGAUAGCUACUGAAGCGCCUUUGGACACGGGAAGAGAUUCCUACAUGUCUCUUCAAAUUGAGAAAAAGUAGCAGUACUUAUGGGGUAAACGGAAGAGGGAGAACAAGCUAGUCUAACGAAACCAAGAUUCGAGGUCAAGUUUAAUAACCGACAAUAAUGCGUGCGCACUUCUGGUUUGCGAUGGC